AGUGAAAUUCCAGAUUUACCCCCGAAUAGAAGUCUCCAUUUCCCCAAAGCCCGAGAAUCCAAACUAUAAUAAAACACAGACACAUAUAUAUGUAUAGUUUCUCGAAGAAAUUCGACCUCACACAAUUGAAUAAUAGCAUUGGUUACUGCUGCUUUAGCAGCCAAAUCUUCGUGCACACGCUUCGUCUCAGAAAUUCCGUUCUUCGGUUUCAGUUCUGACUCCCGAGAAUUUCGUCGGGGAAUCUUUUGAUGUGCAGAUUGGGGGAGGGAGAAGGGUUUAGAGAAGGAAAAGGGAAAAAAAAGGAGAAAGGAGGGUUUGUGAAAGCGUCGUUGUGCGCUGUCGUUUGAUCCGUCGGCAAUUUCGCUUCUAAUAAUUUUGGGAAUUUGAAGCGGGGUAAGAUGUGGACUGGUGUGGACGGGAUGUGGGCUUCUCACCUCAGAUUUCUGCGCUACAAUUUGACAGCGAAAGGAAUUUACGUUGUCCCGACGUCGAAAUCGGAAUGAGAAUUGGGCGACAGAAAGGGAGGAUAGGAGGAAGGGCAUUGUUCUAACUUGGGGAAGAUAAUGCAGUGUCUCUGCUCCGGGGAGCAGUCGCGUGCGAAUGAAAUGGUACCAUCUUCUGAAUCUCUUGCGACAAAGGAUUAUUCGGCGAGUGUUCAUUCAUCUCGGCAGGGAGAACCCGAGAGGAAGCCCGACACAGGGAACAUUGAAGAAGCUGAAACGUCGCUGCGAGAGAGUGGUUGCUUAAAUUACGAGGAAGCGAGAGCGUUGCUGGGAAGGUAUGAAUAUCAGAAAGGAAAUAUAGAAGCUGCCUUACAUGUGUUUGAAGGAAUUGAUGUUAAUUCCGUGACUCCAAAGAUCAAAGUCACUUUGUCGAAAAUAGGGGAAAAUCGUAGGAGACAGUCGCAAAACUAUUCGGAUCCGCCAAUGUCGAUUCAUGCAGUUAGUUUACUGUUUGAAGCGAUCUUUCUGAAAUCAAAAUCAUUACAAGCACUUAGGAAAUAUAAAGAAGCUGCUCAAUCGUGCUCUGUUAUUCUGGAACUCGUUGAAUCUUCAUUACCAGCAGGGUUGCCGGAAAAUUUCAGCACUGACCGUAAAUUACAGGAGACUCUGAAUAAGUCUGUCGAGCUGCUUCCCGAAUUAUGGAAGCUUGCCGAUUCUCCUCGUGAAGCUAUCUUGGCAUAUCGACGGGCUCUUCUCCAUCAUUGGAACCUUGAUUCAGAAACCACAGCUAAGAUCCAAAAGGAAUUUGCUGUUUUUCUUCUGUACAGUGGAGCUGAAGCUAUUCCGCCAAACUUAAGAUCCCAAAUGGACAGUUCAUUUGUGCCCAAAAACAAUAUGGAAGAAGCCAUUCUUCUGCUUAUUAUACUUUUGAGAAAAAUGACCCUCACGAGAAUCGAGUGGGAUCCUUCGGUUUUAGACCACCUGUCAUAUGCAUUAUCCAUAUGCGGGGGGCUCAGGGCUUUAGCCGAUCAAGUCGAAGAGCUUCUUCCAGGAGUUAUAAAUUGGAAAGAAAGAUAUCUAAUAUUAGGACUAUGCUAUCACGAAGAAGGCGAUGAUGGCAUGGUAGCAUUUGAUCUAUGGAAACAACUGUUGAAAACUGACGAAGGUUUGACAUAUCUUCCUGCUUUAUUAUUUGUUUCAAAGAUAUGCGGGGAAAGAUUGUUAUAUGCAGAAGACGGCAUCAAUUUUGCUCGUAGAGCAGUUGAAAUCUCCCAUGGCGGAUGUGAUCAUCUGAUGGGCGUUGCGCAGUGCAUGUUAGGUGUCUCACUUUCAGCCCAUUGCAGAUCUGCUGUGACUGAUCGUGAAAGGGGCGAAAGACAGAAAGAAGCUUUGAAGUCUUUGGAGGUUGCUGGGAGGAUGACGAAAACGAAGGACCCUUCGAUUGUCUACCAUUUAUGUUUAGAAAAUGCAGAGCAACGGAAGCUGCCUGCAGCGCUUAAUCUUGCAAAAGUGUUGCUUAGAUUGGAAGGAGGAUCUAAUCUCAAAGGAUGGAUCUUGUUGGCUCGGAUAUUAUCUGCUGAAAAAUGUUAUGGCGAUGCCGAAACUAUAAUUAAUGCAGCUCUUGAUCAGACGGGAUUAUGGGAUCAGGGAGAGUUAUUGAGAACUAAAGCGAGGCUCCAAAUUGCACAAGGUUUAGUAAAUGAGGCCAUUGAGACUUACUCUCAUCUGCUUGCUGCCCUUCAGGUUCAGCGUAAAAGUUUUGGUUCGUUCCAGAAGGUUAAGGACUAUAGCAUGAAUAUCAAGAAUUUAGAGCUGGAAACGUGGCAUGAUCUCGCUUCCAUCUACAUAAAAUUGUCUCGGUGGCAUGAUGCUGAGAUCUGUCUCUUGAAAUCUCAAGCCACUCAAGUGUUUUCGGCUAUUAGAUGGCAUGCUACAGGUUCACUACACGAAGCCAAGGGCCAGCACAAAGAAGCACUAAAUGCUUACGAUCAUGCUCUGGCAAUCGACCCAAUGCACGCCCCCAGUCUUAUCUCCAAAGCUGUGGCUCUCAGACAGAUGGGCUGCCGGUCUCCGGCCAUUAUCCGAAGCUUUCUGACAGAAGCCCUCCGGCUAGACAGCAUGAAUGCAACUGCAUGGUAUAAUCUAGGCCUGCUCUACAAGGACAGUGGCAGCUCAUCGGCUGUCGAAGCUGCCGAGUGUUUCCAAGCUGCUCUGCUCCUCAAAGAGACCGAACCCAUCGAGCCCUUCAGAUGACUUCCUCUUUGGUAGUAUGCCAAAAUAAUUUUCCAACUGUCCAGAGAAGACAAUAAAGUUGGAAGAAAUUUUUUUGGUCUUUUUGUAUUGUUGGGAUCUUUUGUGAGUAAUUGGUUGGUGUAAAUCAGAGUCACAUGGGAUCAUUGGUGGAUACGAUAUUUUCCUAUAUUGGGUUUCGACUUCUUACUU